AUGGCACAAUGGGAUGAGUACUCCUGGCGGUCGAGCAUGGCAACCACGGGAGCUGCAACCACGAGCCAGUAUCUCUUUUCGUGGCCUGGCAAGCGGCACGAAACCUUGUAUGCGUCCCUGGCCAGCGGCGAGAUCUACAAGGUGGACAACGACACUGACAACAUCGCCGAGGACGAAGUGUAUGGCAUAUGGCCGCAAGUGGAACAGGCCGACUCUGAGGAGAUAAAGCAGUUUGUGGAUACGGGCAGCUUCAAGAAGGUCCGUGUGUCCUCGAUCUCCAGUGACACAGUUAUAAUUGACAGCGUGUGGAUCAGGAAGUGGAAGCGCUAUCCUGAUGGCUCCAGGAAGGUGAAGUCGAGACUGUGUGCCAGAGGAUGUUUUGACAACCAGCGGGACACUCUGUCAACACGUUCGACAAUGGCCACCAGGUUGAGUCAGCGUCUCCUGGUGUCUACGGCGGUGAAUCACGACCAUGACACCGAGAGCUGGGACGUUUCGGGCGCUUUCUUGAAGGGCCUGACCUUCGAGAAGGUUCGUGAGCUCUUGGCAUCUCGGGGUAUCACUUCGCCAGUCCGGAAGGUGGUAAUCAUUGCCCCAGCCAAUGUUUGGCGUCAUUUGGCCAAGUUCGAUGCGUCCUUCCGCGUGGACUACGAAUGCCUGGAUGAGUGGGCACUACUAUGCAUCAAGCCGGUGUAUGGCCUGAACGAUGCUCCACUGGCUUGGCAGCUGUGUCUGCGUGGCCACUGGGAGGAACAAGGCGGGGUUCCUUCGUUGCUGGAUGAGAACUACUUUAUCUGGCGCUUUGCCGAUGGCGAUCGGGCCUCCGUUACCACGCAUGUGGAUGACUGCGGCGCAGAAGGCAAGCGCAAGUGGCUUGAUGAGCAGUACCAGUUGUUGGUCAAGAAGUUUGGCAAGGUUACCAGGCAGACUCUUCCCUUCACGCACUGUGGCGUGGUUUACAGACGCAUCCCGGACGGGAUCUGCAUGGAGCAGGAUGAUUUCUGUAGCAAGCUUAAGACGGUGGACAUUGAUCCUUCACGUGGAGACAGUGACUCCCUGACCGCGACCGAGUUGACCUCGUUUCGGUCGGUGCUAGGAGCUUUGCUUUGGUUGACGGCCACCAGGUUGGAUUUGAUUGCGGAGGUGUGUAUCUUGCAAUCAAUGGUGACCAAGGCGACCAUUGGUCAUCUCAAGCAGGCCAACCAGGUUGUUCGCAAAGCACAGUCCGAAAUCGGACAAGGCCUUGGAUUGUACUUCAGGAAGCUCCGGCCUCCGUUUCGGCUGGCAUGCAUACAUGAUAGCAGCGCAGCUGGAAGUGUGCGCCAGUGUGCACAAGAAGGAAUCAUGAUUCUGCUCAUGGAAGAUCACCUCCGUGACUUCAACAGCCACGAAGAGGUCAUGGAGGACCACCAAACGCAUCUCAUGGGUGGUAAGUGCCACGUGCUUUGGGCACAUGGUGCCAAGGCCAAGCGAGUCUCCUACUCGACUUCGCAUGCCGAGACGUUGGCAGCCGUGUCAUGCAUGGAGACCUCCACGUUGGUUGCAGUGCGCCUGGGUGAGUUGCUCUACACCCCGAAGGCUCCGACCGUGCAGUCACUGCUUCUCCUGCAAGAAGGUGGAGUGCCUGAGCUACCCUGCGAUGGGUACACAGACUGUAAAGACCUGUGGGAACUGGCCUCAGGGUCAACCUCAGUGGCGCAAGAUAAGACUCAACGAUUGCCAGACUUUCCGGCAGGCAGCGCUCUUACGCCGACCGAGAGUAUGCUCUCUGACGCGCUCACCAAGGGCAUGUUGGCUCCGCAAAUGAUGGGUGUCCUCAGCAGCGGCGUGGUCCAGUUCUUCAAUGAAGCCAAGCACAAGAUGACGCUGCGUCGUGUUCCCAAGGUGAUGGUUGUGACCGAAGAGCACCUGAACAGAACGGAUAAAGAGCUUAUCCGGGAUCUUCGUGUGUCGACUUCAGCUACGGUCCUGGUGCUUCUGGAUGGUGACCGCUGCCGUCGUAACGACUACUUCGGCGACCACGAGUCCGUCUCCUUCGGCCAGUUCCACCUCCGCGCCUGCGAGUUCUACCUGUCCUACCUCGGCGCCGGAUGA